CCCGACAGCCAGCAGCCAGCAGCCAGGAAGGGGACUCGACCCCGGGAGCUCCAGGGAAGGCGCGUGUCCGCGGCGGUGUGUGGACCGGAGCACCGACAUGUUUUACUGAGCAUUCACCAAUAUAUAUAUACAGCAACGCUGUGGGCAAUUUCAUUUCAUUGGACCGUUUUUUGCACCAUAGUAAGAUUGGACAAUGGGACUCUGAGUGGAGGCUUCAGCACUCCCAUGAUUCAUCCCACCCCGGCCCACUAGAAUGUACUUGAUGAAUGUGCCUCCAUUUGCAGCAACUCAUACAGAAUGGAGGACCUGUGGCCCACCCCCAGACUUUAGCCUCCACGGCUUACACAGCUCUGACAGUGAGUUGUCGACCGGAGACGCCAACAUCCAGGAUAAGGUCCAGAUGAUCAUUAAAAGCUUGAGGAGCACCCAGUCCUCCAUUGACAUGGGUGACGAGAUCGUAGGAAACGUGCCGCAAGGACAGGAAGUGCACCUCGAGGCCUGCAAGUUUGGAAUUGGCCCUUUGGUAGGAGCCAAAUCAUCAACAGGUUCUGGUACUGAAUCCCGACAAACGCAAUCAGUGUUUCCAGUCAAAUCCGAGAGCCAGGAUUCGGACAGUGAUGACAGUGUGGACCGAGGGAUUGAGGAAGCUAUAUUGGAGUACCUAAAGGAAAAGGACGGACAUAAACGCAAUGAAGAACCGUCAUCCAACAUCCUUCUCCCUUCAAAAGUCCAUAGGAAAACCCCUCCUGUCCCUGAGAUUUGUAAACAACAUUCCGACAGCAAUAUAGUCUUAAGUGCCAACCACCAGUUUUCAAAAAUCACUGAAGUUGAAACCCCCAUGGCACCAGUUCAGAGUUCAGUGACAAAAAAUAAUUCCCUUCCCUUCAAAGACAUUCCCGUUAAGAAAAUGGAAAAAAGUAUGUCAACCAAAAGUGUGCUAUCCAAAGAACCCAAAAAAGUAAUGGAAAACAACUUCGAUAAAAAAGCAAAAGACCCGGUCCCAGUCAAAACAGAGAAGGAUUCACUGGACUCAAGUAGUGAUGAUGGGAUUGAGGAGGCCAUCCAAAAGUACCAGUUGGAGAAAAAAGACAAGGAGAUUGGAAGCAAGGAAGCCUGCAACUCCUUUCCAUCACAAGACCUUACUGACUCCAGUAGCAGUGAUGAUGGGAUUGAAGAGGCCAUUCGCAGCUACCAACGCGAGCAAUUAAAAGAAAAGAAUGUGCCCAAACCACUUUUGCUCAAGCAAAGGCCUAGUAUAAAGUCACCAUUGCAGUCUCUCUGUAGUUCAAACACAGAAAAAAUAAACAAACUUAAAUCCAAAAAGAAAAGUAAAAAUAAGAAUCUGCAAUCUGGCCCCCCUCUGUCAUCUGUUCUCCUACCCAAAAGCUCACUAUUUGGCAGCUCGAACAGUAAUGGGAAUGGGACACUUCUGUUAAAAGAAGAACCCUUUAAGAUUCACUCCCCAACCACUACAAAGACCACACCCGCAGAGCUCAUGUGUGCUGAGGCAAUUUUAGAUAUUUCAAAGGCUGUAAUGCCUGCAGCGUUCACUGCUACUGUCAGCAUUGACGGCUUCAAUACAAAUGAAACAUUAUCGGGCCCUUCUACAACCGCGGGUGGAAGUAGUGACAGUUCCAUAGACAGUGAAGACGGAAUUGAACAAGAAAUCUGUAUGUUCCUUGAGCAGAAGGCCCAAAUGCAGAAACAGCCUCAGACUACUGCCACGCUCUCCUCACUGCCAGCCAGCCUGAAUGAGCCGGAUAUGGCGAAGGGAAAACCAGAAUCAAUCCAGAAAAAGGUUUUGAGACUGUCACUUACUCAGAGAAGAAAACUGAAAUCGCAAGACUGCAAGAAGCCAGUAACAAGCCCCAAAAGGAUGAAUGAGCUUGCUUUGAAAGACGGGGAAGGAUCAAGCUCCCUCGUGUCUUACCAGAUGGAGCUGUCGCCAUCUUCUGUUGAAUUCGACAAGACUGAGAGGGGAGGAGACAAAAGCAGCUCUCUAGAUAGUGACGAGGACCUGGACACGGCGAUUAAAGACUUGCUCAAGACUAAGAAGAAGUUGAAAAGAAAGACGAGAGACAUGAAGCUGAAAUCAAGGAAGUGCCUCAAGGAUCCUGAGCCUUGUGACGGCAUUCCAACAAAAAAGCAAAAACUCAACCCUGUUUCUAAGAGGGUGGUUUUGAAGAAAGCUCCCCUCAAAAACAGGGAUAUGAGCGAGAAGACUAAAGUGAGUAGGAAGAGCCCAUCACAACAGAAGCAAACUAUCAAAAGAAUAGAUGAUGGCGGAGCAGGAGAAACAGACCAAUUAAAAGGGACAGGAAGUGGAAAUGUUUUGUCGCUGUUUACUAGUGAGAGUGCUGUUCAAGGAAGUGAAGACAACAGCUCAGUAGACAGCGAUGACAGCAUUGAACAGGAGAUCCGGAAAUUCCUGGCUGAAAAGGCAAAGGUCAUCCCCACAGAGACUAGAAACAAGGACGAGGAUCAGCCGAUCUAUGGCAGCAUCAGUAAGCAGUUAACAGAAAAAGCGACUAAAUUGGAAAGUCAGCUGGCUGAAAUUCCAACACCAGAGAACACUCGCCUACCUGACGUUCAAAGCAAGUUGUGUGAGGACGGACUGUCUUCGAUGACUCCUUUGACGAUUGGAACUACAUGUCACCCGUCUCUCCUGUCCCGUAGUCCUUCUCUUUUGCAGCACACAGAUGGAGUGGUGAAGCGAGAGGAGCUGAGGCCUUCCAUUGGGAGUGGUCAUGCCAGUUCUAAUUCUCAUUUGGAAAAGGCAAGAGCUCGGCCGGCUACUAGUCCCAGCGUCGUUCAGCCUUUCUCUGACGCUAUGAAGUGGCGUCAAAGCCUGGGACUCCCCAUCAAGAACACCAGGCCUGUGUUUGCCAUUCAGCCUUCUUCCCAUAUCACUUCCUCCAGUAUGAACGAGACGGCGGCAGCAGCAGCAGCAGCAGCAACACCUUUUCACAGGGCAAGGAUAAACCCCAAACCACACACACCUGUCACUCUAUGGACAUCCGCAAGAAACAGCCAACCGGUCUCGCCUAUUCGCCACUACCCAGAGACACCUGUAAACCCAAUGUCUAGUUCUGUGCCUAACCCUUUCUUUGCCACAAAACAUAGCCUGGGGAGGUCUCCUAUGAUGGGACUCUCAUCCGGGAAGCAGAGUCAGGCAGAGAGGGAGAGUCGCUUGGCCCCUCCUAGCGAACAGGACCAGGGUGCGUUCACCAGGCUAGACCCCACACGUAGAAGCGGCCAGGUCUGGGUCCAGGCCAGUCCCAUGAGCGAAGGGAGAGCAGAAAAGCUGACCAGCAGGGGCAAUGAAGGAAGGGAGGAGUUUGCGUCCGCUGAGAAGGCAGUGCAGUCAGUAAAGAUGGAGGUUGAAGAUUUUGUAGACGAGACAGAUUGUGAGCUAGAGGAGAGGCGUGAAACAGAGAAGACCCGGGGAGUUUCUUCGAUGUAAGUACAGGCACCACUACGAUGAACACAGCCACCUAGCAUCUCUAGCCAAAAUGAAACACCCUCAUUAGAUGAGUGGGCCCCACUUAGACGUAAGCAAGUAUCAAUUUGAUUUUUAUAGGAAUCAAAGGGAAUUUCGUCGCCAUAGAAGUUACCCCCUCCCCCCAUCCCAGCCCCUCGAGCCUAGGAGACUUGAUUUGCCUUUUGAUUUGACUAUCAUUGAGCCUUGACCAGCAAUAACCUUCCCUUGUGGUGUGCAGUUUAUUUUGCCAAUACUAUUAAUAGGUUUUCCAGACUUCCAGACUCAAAACAAUUGGAACAAUUGCUUCUCGAGAUUAGGCCAAGUUAAAAUCAAAGUAAUUGCUGUUCUAUGACACAGCAAACAUUGAUCCUACAGAGGAAGAAAAGGAUUAAUAAUUCACAUUUCAAAUGCACAACAAUGUAUGGCUUAGGGUCAUUAACAGAGACACAGGAGUAAUAGCAUUUCACUGUGCAAUUCACUGUUUUUUGUAACUUUUUAUUAGACUGGCUUUUAUAAAAUAUAGGCUUAUUUCAUUUGGGCUUGCUUGAUUAUGUUGAGCUAAGGAGAAGAGCAUUUGAUGAAACCUAAAGGAGAAAACGAUUGAGGAUCAGCUGGUAUAUACGAUAACAAGUUUAAAUUUGUCAUAUCAUACAUCCUACAGUAUAUAUGUAAGAUUGGUUGCAGUCCUUUAGUACACCAUCUGAACUAUUAGCUGAGCUUCGUUGUCAGUAUAAACUUGUUCCUCAGGCAGUCAAUGGAGUGAACUUGUACAACACCAAGCUACGAGUUAGUAACAGGCCCACUUAUAACCUAUACUAUCCGAUCCUACUUAUAACUUGCUAUUACCUGUUCUUUACCUGCCGUUAGUCCCUCCCUUUUCAACGGUUUGCCACUGUAACUUAACUUACGUUUGUCAUCACAUAUCCUCUAAUGGUAAAUGUCGCGAGAUGGGCUACAAUAACAAAAUAUUAUUAACUACAAUCUUUCUCCCUUUAUUUCACUUUGGGCCUAAUAAUUUGUCUUUGGGAAUCAUUGGAUCUAGUGAACCCGAAUUGGUACUUCAAUGGGGCUGAUGCCUUAAUCUUAAUUUGAUGAAAUACUAAUGCUAGAAAUCUAUAGCAAUUAAUCCUUUUGAACUAUAGAGAAGGCCUUAUAAAUCUGUUCAUCACACGUGUUCCCUCCCACAAUGCAAUGCAACACAAAAUAGGAAGGCAAGGAGGAUUAUCUACUCUACUAACGUGAAGCAUCACAGUCUUUACUUCUGUUUACAGUGUCUCUGUUUUUUAUUAAGGGUUUAUCGGAAGGAAUGGAAAUAUAAGGGUCACCUUUUUGCUGGUCCUAGACCAGUUCUCUGUAACUUAAAAUUGUUGAGUGUCACCGGGUCCUAAUCUUUGUUUUCUCUCGCUCUCUCGCUCUCUCACUCUCUCUCUACUAGUUUUGACUUUCAGUGUGUUAACUUCUGUUAUGUUGGUCCUAUAAAUGUUUUCUUGAAUUUCCUAUGUGAAAAGUUAUUUAUAUUUGUUUAUCAAAAAAAAGACUUGCUGAAUAUGCUGUGCAUUGCCAGUUUUUGUAAAUAUUUUGCAUAAAGUGUUUUUUUUCCUCUCUUUAAUCCUUUCAAAUGAAAGAAAAAAAACAUAGCUGUAUCUUUUAGGUUCAACUGACUGCAAUAAAGAGUGGAUAAAAAAUA